AUGUCGUUAUUUAAUAAGCCGAAGAGAAAUAUUCGUCGGCGAUCUUUCAAUGAAGAGUAUGAAGACAAUGAGAACAGAAUGGAGUGUGAUGAUGUCCAACCUGUGGUUAAAUCUAAGCCCAAGAAGAAGGAAAAACCCAAACAAACGCUCCUGAGUUUCGGAGAGGAGCUCGAUGAAGCUGAUGAUGGGGAGGUUUUUAAGGUGAAGAAGUCAUCGAGGAGCAAAAAACUGAUGAAACAACUUGAUCACGAAAGGAGAAAAAAGAAAGGUGAAGAGAAAAUGCAAGUGGACUCUGAGCAAGCAAACGUGUCUAUUAAAUGCGACAAUGAUUUAGAAAUAAAGACAGAUGAUCUAGUAGUUAAAAUUAAAAAUUCUGCACCACUAAUUCUAAAUGGACGAGCUGCACUAGUGGCUGGAAAAGACGAUUAUUCUUCGGAUGAAGAAGAUGAUUCAGCGGCGCACAAAUUUAGAAAAAAUUUUACCAAAACUGACCCCAUGAAAUUAUUUUUAGAAAGUGGAUGUAUUCCUGACGCUGCUAUGAUACACGCUGCUAGAAAAAAACGACAAAAAGCUAGAGAAUUAGGAACUGAUUUUAUACCUGUCGAAGAAGUACAAACUGAAGAAAAAGGAAAGUCAAGGCUGAUACGCGAAGAAGAUCAUGAUCGUAGUGACGAUGAUGAGUCGCACGAGCGAAUGGAUAUGACAGUUAACAUUGAAGCUCGUGAUAAAGAGAAGCGAAGAGAAGCAUUUUUAGCAUCACAAGUUCCCAUAAAACGUUUGUCUCUUAAUUACAAUCGUAAUGUUGAUUUUAAUUUAAAAUAUGCUAUGCAUAAUCUUGCAGUGUCCGACGACGAGAGCGAGCAUGGUAAUGAAGAAGAAGAGUGGGAAGCUCAACAAAUACGUAAAGGAGUUACUGGCGCUCAAAUCGCAGCUGCUCAACAGGAUUCUCUCAUGCAACAACAGUAUUCAAUGGGUCUAAAUAAUCAAUAUGUAACAGGUACAGGAGUGCAUUUAGAAAUGGGUACGAUGCCAGUAGCUCCUCCACCACCAUGUAUUCAACCACCAGAUCCUGAAAAAAUGGUUCCUGUGUCUCCUGAAGAAAUUGCUGAAAAAAUACGCUCAAGGGUCUCGAGUUUACGUCAAGUACGUCGUAAACAUCAGCAGGACCAAAUGCAAUUGAAAGAAGAACUGCUGCAGUCGUUGAAGGAAUUAGAAGAGGGUGAUAUUCGUGCGCCUCAGCUAGCUCAACGCUUCAAAUAUUACCAAGAGUUACGUGGGUAUGUCACUGACUUGGUAGAGUGUCUUGAUGAGAAGCUGCCAAUGGUGACAGGAUUGGAACAACGUUGGCUGAACUUGUACGGCGAACGUUCUACUGAUCUUAUGGAACGACGUCGUCAGGAUACACGCGAUCAAACAGAAGAAAUCACGUCUGCUUCAAGAGGGCAAGCUAUAAGGCGAGGUCCAGAAGAUGAUGCGCGCAUUCGGCGAGCGACAGAACGCGAAGGUCGACGAGCACGACGGCGAAGAGCUCGUGAGCUGAUGCAAAAUGUUCCUAAGCACAAUGACGGUAUGUCAAGUGAUGACGAAGUUACUGAGCAACAAAAUCUAGCUUUUAAGCAGGCGAAAGAGGAAAUUGAUGAAGAGAGUAGAGAUAUUUUUUCUGAUGUCAUGGAUGAUUUUUGCACCGUCCGAGGUAUUUUAGCUAAGCUAGAAUCCUGGAGAGAAAUAGACAUGGAGGCUUACACAGAGGCUUAUGUUUCAUUAUGUAUUCCUAAAAUAAUUUCACCGAUAGUAAGAUUACAACUUAUCACAUGGAAUCCAUUAAUGGAAAGUACUGAUCUAGAACGUACCAAGUGGUAUAAUGGAUUACUAUUAUACGGAUUAGAUCAAAAAGAAACAGAAGAAUCACUCAGGCGUGAUCCUGAUGUGAGAUUAAUACCACUCGCUAUUGAAAAAAUAGUAAUUCCUAAACUAACUUCCAUUGUGGAAAAAAUAUGGGACCCAAUGUCUACAUCACAGACUCUGCGGCUUGUUGGUACCGUCCGUCGUCUUAUCAUCGACUAUCCUAAUCUCAAUGAGAAAAGUAAACAGCUUCAGCUGCUUUUCACCGCUAUCUUAGAGAAAAUAAAAGCUGCCAUUGAUAAUGAUGUAUUUAUGCCUAUUUUCCCAAAUUGGCAAGGAUUGCUUGGAGAUAAUCAAUUGAAAUCUUUAGCAAUUACUUCACUACUUAACCGAUAUUUAAUAGCAGGCUUAAGAUUUUCUCUUCCGGUAGACGCACUGCAUAAAGCUAAUAUGAUUAUGACAACAAUACCACGAGCGUGGCUUCAUGGAAGUGCUGUUCAAGAUUUAAAUAUGUUUGCGACUCUUAUUAAUCAACUGAGUGAUAGUCUAGAUCAAGCAAAUCCAGCUCAUCACGAGGCGUGGGAGUACUCUCAAUCAAUUUUACGGUCCAUAAAAUCAUUAUAA